AUGGGUGAGUACUAUCUCGGUCUCUUCGGUAUGGAUACGGAGAAAAAGUGGGUUGCGUACGGCAUCGUCUACACUGCGGCCAUGUAUUUAGUAUUCAUGAUCCUGUCCUACGUGGCUCUGGAGUAUAUCCGCUACGAAGUGCCUGAAAACGUGGACGUGUCGGAGAAGCCGGAGGAAGACGAAUCGUACACGCUUCUGGAGACACCCAAGACGAAGAACGGAACAAGCACGCUGGACGACUACGUGGUUGAGGUAGGCUCGCGUGAGAAGAACUUCACACCCGUGACGGUGGCAUUCAAGGACUUGUGGUACUCAGUGCCAGACCCGCAGAACCCCAAGGAAUCGCUGGACUUGCUGAAGGGCAUCAACGGUUUUGCCGUACCCGGGUCGAUCACUGCUCUCAUGGGUUCGUCGGGUGCUGGUAAGACGACGCUGAUGGACGUGAUUGCCGCCCGUAAGACUGGCGGCAAGAUCUCCGGCAAGAUUUUGUUGAACGGCUACGAGGCCAAUGAUCUCGCUAUCCGUCGUUGCACCGGUUACUGUGAGCAGAUGGACGUGCACUCGGAGGCUGCUACCAUUCGUGAAGCGUUGACAUUCAGCUCGUUCCUGCGUCAGGACGCCUCGAUCCCGGACGCCAAGAAGUACGACUCGGUGAAUGAAUGUAUUGAGCUGCUCGGUCUGGAAGACAUCGCCGACCAGAUCAUCCGUGGCAUUUCAGUGGAGCAGAUGAAGCGUCUGACGAUCGGCGUGGAGCUGGCUGCGCAGCCGAGUGUGAUUUUCCUGGAUGAGCCGACGAGUGGCCUGGACGCGCGCUCGGCUAAGUUGAUCAUGGACGGUGUUCGCAAGGUGGCCGACUCGGGUCGUACCAUUAUCUGUACGAUCCACCAGCCGUCGUCCGAAGUGUUCUACCUGUUCGACAGUCUGCUGCUACUCAAGCGUGGCGGGGAGACCGUGUUCUACGGCAACCUGGGCAAGAACUGCCGCAACCUGGUCGACUACUUCGAGGGCAUCCCCGGCGUAGCUCCGCUGCCAAAGAGAUACAACCCGGCCACGUGGAUGCUCGAGUGUAUUGACGCUGGAGUAGGCAACGCUGCGAACCAGACCAACUUCGUGGACUGCUUCAACAAGAGUUCGUACCGACUGGUGCUCGACAGUGAGAUGGCCAAGGAAGGCGUGACCGUCCCGUCGCCCGAUCUGCCCGAGAUGGUGUUCGGCAAGAAGCGUGCGGCCGAUUCCAAGACGCAGAUGAAGCUCGUCGUCACCCGUUUCUUUCAAAUGUACUGGCGCACCCCGACGUACAACCUGACCCGUAUGAUCCUGGCUGUCUUCCUGGCGCUGCUGUUCGACCUCGUGUUCGUGGACGCAGAGUACAAUUCGUACGCUGGCUUGAACUCGGGUGUCGGCAUGAUCUUCCUCGCGGCGCUGUUCAACUCGGUGGUGGCCUUCCAAAGUGUGUUGCCUCUGUCAUGUGCCGAGCGCGCCUCGUUCUACCGCGAGCGCGCGUCACAGACGUACAACGCGUUCUGGUACUUCGUGGGGGCCACACUCGUAGAGAUCCCGUACUGCUUCGCCACCGGCUUCGUCUUUACGCUUAUCUUCUACUACAUGGUGGGCUUCCCGGAGUUCGGACCGUCCGUCGUGUUCUGGUUGGCCACCUCUCUCAUGGUGCUCUCGCAAGUCUACCUGGGCCAAACGUUCGCGUACGCCAUGCCGUCCGAGGAGGUGGCGGCCAUCCUAGGACUUUUGUAUAACACAUUCUUCAUGAUGUUUAUGGGCUUUAGCCCCCCGACGUACGCGAUCCCGUCGGGCUACACCUGGCUGUACGACAUCUCGCCGCUGAGGUCCCCUCUCGCCAUCAUGGAAGCGCUGGUGUUCGCCGACUGCGACGAGCUACCGACGUGGAACGAGACCACGCAGUCCUACGAGAACGUCGGUUCGAAGCUCGGUUGUCAGCCCAUGAAGGAGGCACCUGUGACCGUGGGGCAUAUCACGCUGAAGGAGUACACAGAGGACUUUUUCGGCAUGGAACACGACAAGAUCCUGCGCAACUUCGCCGUUGUGAUUGGAUACCUACUGCUCUUCCGUGUCGUGGCGCUACUGUCGCUGCGCUACAUCAACCACCAGAAGAGAUAA